AUGGACUUCCUUCGAUCCACCUCAAACGCGUCUCAGUCUUCAUCUUCUGAGCCCUCACCUUCUGAGUUUUCGUCAGUUGAACCCGAGCCUGAGGACCCUCUUGCGCAACUGGCGAAGGAAGUGAAGCAGCAGCCAUUCACCACCAAAGAGAGCUUAACAAAGUCCUUAGAACGCCGUCAACGAGCGCUUCAGCAAGACCAAACUCGGGAUCAGUACCUCAUCUUCACGUCUGUCCCCCCGGCGCAAUCAUCCAGACUGAGUGAUGAUCGGUCGCGAACAAGCAAGUACAGCCGAUUCUUUUUCAAUGCAGAAACGGGGAUCUUGAUCGCGAAAGUCAUGCCGAAUGCUGCACACGAACUUGCAAUAAGAUCAUUUGAUUCACUGAUUUCUCUCGAGCUGCGUGCGAUGAACGUCCAUCGUGACGUGAGGCCUUUCGGUUCAACAACAGUUACGGUUGGAAAUUGGAAAAAGGAGGCUGACUGCUGCUGGGCUCCGGCUUCAACAAAUGCAAGGCUGAGUUUUGUGGUGGAAGUAGGAUUGUCAGAGUCUGCGCGACAACUUGCUCUUGAUGCGCGCGGUUGGCUUGAGACUUACUCCUCAUCUGUGAAACUCGUGGUUACGAUUAGCAUUAAUAGCGAGCAUCCUGAAAUCAUCUUGCACCGAUGGGAACUUGUUCCCCGAGAAUAUGGCGUCCUUACAAGACUUACAAGAUCAUCCCCUCCUUUAGCCCGGCGUACUGCAUUUAUCAAUUUAUCACGAAUGAACAACACGACAUCUGUUACCGGGGAGUCCUGCACGAUGGGCACAACUAGCACGACUACGACUAUUACACAGCUGGAUCUGCCCUUUGGCAAGGUUGUUGGCCGUCCUCCCCACCAGCCCCUGGAGAGAGACUUGGUGAUACCUGCGCAAGAGCUGAGAACUUUUGCUGAGGAUAUCUGGAGUGAGCAGGGUCUCCUAUAA